UUAUCUCAACCUCCUCGUUUUCGUUUCGGCAUCCUUCGACUGUCAAUGACGUGCCUCUAUUAAAGUCAUAAAAUAUUUUUUAAACAACCUGGUGGUUGCUGUUCGGUUUUAUUGUCGUUUUUUCUGCGCGUGUGUGCCUCCGCUGGUUUGACUCAACUGGCUUCCCGUUGGGAGGGAGGAGGAGGAGGAGGAGGAGGAGGAGAAGGGGGGAGGGGGUGCGGUCACCCGGGGUGAGGAUCCGUCCCCAGCUGAACCAGUGAGCGGGGGAGGAAACGACAGAGAGCCUUUGAGGAGCAGAAACAUGCAGACGUGAUGUGAAGCUGAGGUUUUCAUCAAAGGUUUCAGCAGCUGUUUGAUUUUGAUUUCUGGUGCCAUUACAGCACACUUCACCCCAAACCACCAACCCUCAGUCAGUUCCUCACACACCUCACAGCUCCCUCAAGUGUGAAAUCAGUGUUAGAAGAUGACAGGUCAGGCUGUGGGAGGCAUCAACCAGGACCUGUCGGUGCCCUCACUGCUGGCUGUAGAGGGGCCGGGGUCCAGGCCUCUGGGAAGGGCUGUGUCCUUCACUGAUGAGGCUGUUUCCAUCCUGACCUCCACAAGCCAGUUGGCCCAAACCCUCCUGAGUCACACCUUUUCCCUCAAACGCAAAGAGAGCAUAGCCAACGCUGAAGUGAAGGCUGGUAGCAGCUGCGAUGAAGACAACAGCAACGCUGCACGCCGCAAACGAGAGUUCAUCCCUGCUGAGAAGAAAGAUGAUGGCUAUUGGGACAAGAGGAAAAAAAACAAUGAGGCAGCCAAGCGGUCCAGAGAGAAGCGGCGAGCCAAUGAUAUGGUGCUGGAGAGACGAGUCCUGGGCCUGCUGGAGGAGAACGCCCGCCUGAGGGCCGAGCUGUUGGCCCUGAAGUUUCGCUUCGGCCUGGUCAAGGAUCCAUCUGAUGUUUCCAUCUUGCCGCUGUCUGCACCCCUGUGUGCUCACCCAACGCCCAGUACAAAACAUUUCUACCAGCCUCAUACUGAUGGAUCCUCAUACCCCAACACACUGCUCAGCACCCACCACGUCCACCCUCACCCUCCACAGCCAGGUGCCAUCUAUGGAUCGAGGGGAGCCGGGAUUCUGUCAAGUCAUAGUGUAUCCGAGGAGUCCGCUGUCUCCACCUCAUGUAGCUCAGAUGUGGGCAGCCCUGUGUUUUUUGAUGACACACUGAGUGAGCGUGGUGGGCCUUCUCCGAGAGAGCUGGUGGAGGAGCAGCAGGGCUACGACUCCCACAUCUGUCACCUGGAGAACAAUGAGAGUCAGUAUGUAAACAGACUAGACUCACCUCAGAGUUUGAGGAGCCUCCCGCAUAAGCUCCGCUUCAAAGGGCCCGCUGGUUGCAGCGAUGGAGGGGAGACGUCUCCAUCCUCUGAUACCAGAACCAGUGGACCACCUGUAGCAACAGUGUGGCCAAACAUCCAGGUGGGGAACCACCAGCAGGCGGGAUGGGACAGUCGGACACAGAGUCAGGCUCCUUGGGCCAGGGAGGAGGCCUGUGGUGGACUUGGGCCGCAGUAUCAGGGUCUGUCCUCUGGACAUUGUAAUUCCUCCUCCCUGCAGAACUCCAGGGACACCAAGUACUCGACAGAGGACGCCAGUCUCAGGUCUCAGAUGAGCUGUUUGUCUCAGGAAGUGGCUCAGCUCAAGAGACUCUUCUCUCAGCAGCUGCUGUCCAAGAUCGCUUAACGCCUGAGCACAAGGACUCAAGUUAGUAGACAGAUUUCACACUACAUCUUUACAAACCAUCGAUCUUACAGACUGCUGACUUCCCACAGAACAGCAUUACCCCAGUGUUAACAGCUACCUCUGAAGUGACAAACACCUGCUUCACAGGAAAAGCUUAGUUUUGGAGCCUGUUUGUUCUGUGAUGGUCAGCACACCACUUCCAGAAAACACUAACGUAUUUUAAAAUAAUGCUUAAUGAAGGCAAAACUCUGUUGUUGAUUUCAUGAGAUUUGGAGGACGCUGUACAUUUCUGAUUACUUGACUGAACAGGUCUGUCAGAAACACUGCACAUAAACAUGUUAGAUACAACACAAAGCACACGGUUAUAAUUUUUGGACUUUUGGGGAGUGUACUUAUUUUUGUGAUCAUUAUAUUGUUUACUGUAUCUGAUUUAUCUUAUGACAGCAAGGUACAUACAACUGCAUAUUUCAUUGUUGUUCAGGAUUAUAAAUGAAGUGAACUGCACUUGGAAAUAAAUGUAUUUUAUAUAAAUGACAAAUGUUUUCAGUCUAUUUUACAUUACAAACCAUCUGCAUUCAGUUUCACUGUAAUAGCAAGGCAUACACUGUCUUUGACUGUAAUAUAUCUGUAUUUACAGUAAUAAUGAUGCAAAUUCAUCAAAUGAAAUGUGUGUGACAGUUAUAGUAAUGCAAUCACAUUACUGUUUUGUAUUUGUUCUAAAGGCCAAAACUAUUUUAAGAGAUAUGGUCAUAAACAUGCAUUAUGUAAGUUUUAAGCCUUUUAAGAUUGCAUUUUGCAUUACACUCAGGUCAGGAGAGGCUCUGGUAAAAAAAAAAAAAAAAAAAGCUAACCCAGCUAAGGCAGACUGAGCUAUGGUAGGUGUGGCACUGGAGUGGAAAGGUGCACUGCGCAAGAGUGCAAUAUGUCACAAAUUUCAUUUUUAGCUGAACUGAUACAAUUUAAAUGUAAGGCCUUUACUUCCUUUAAUAAAUGCUUUAAGACUGGAAAAAUCA